UCAGGAAGAAAUCAGUCGAAUGAGAGGGAAGUAUAAAGCUUUGGAGGCAGAGAAUGAGUUUCUAAAUGAGCAGAUCACUGAGCUGCUGCAGAGGAUGGAGACAGUGGCGGCUUCUGGCGGUCGGCAAGAGUCAGCAGUGGAUGUGGAAUCACAGAGGCAGGUUAUAGCUCUCAUGAAAAAGGUUGAGAAGUACAGGGCAAUGCUCAAUGAAAAAGACGCAAUGGUUGAACAGAUCAGUGCUAAAGCAUCAAGUCGGAUACACAAACUGGAAACCAACUGGAAAAAGGCUGAUGCUGAAGUGUGUAGAUUUGAUGAACUUGUAGACACUGUCAGGGCAGUAUUGGUUGAAAACAAGACUGCUAUGGAGGAUAAGCAGUUAGCUAAGUUGAUAGAAUUGAUCGAUGGACGUGAGCAAUUAUCAGCAUUUGAUAAGGAGAGAAAACAGGCUGCCCUGAAACCAGUAAAAACAGCAAGAUGGUUAAUCCUGUGUAAUCACACAACUGUUUUAAGUGUUUAUUUACAGGAAAUACUUACACUAAAACAUUAUUCUAGAUUAGCAAGAUGGUGAUCCAUGCAAAGUCAUGCAACCUGUUGAUUUCAACAAAUGUUGAUUAACAGGGAAUACACCAAAACAUUGUUCUAGAUUAGAACUACUGUUAAAAUUUUAUA